AUGUCUGACUUACAACAUCCAGUAACGACCACAGUGUCCACCCUUACCCCGAUUAGAGGGGGUAUUGUUCAGCAGAGUCAUGUUGCAGCUGCCAACACAACUGAUGUAGCCGCUAGUACAUCCACCGCUAUAGCUGUACCCGGCGGCGCUGGCACGAGAAGUACAGCAGUUGCUGCUAGCGGCGGAAAUGUUGCGGCGCUACAAACCACCGCCACCCUUACCGCCACCGGAAAAGCAGUGACCGUGGGAGAAGAUCCGCGCGCCAAGCUUAUGUUUUAUCUCAGCAAUAUUUCGAGCGUUUUCGUCGAAUUUUACGACGUCUGUAGAUUGAUUCUACAAGUAGAAUCAGAUGACGAUAUUUUUCCUCUUCUAGAUCACGACGCAUUUUAUAAACUGACAACAAAACAAAGCGACCAGAUGCUGAGAUUGUGUGAAGUCUUGUGUCCCAAUGUGUUCAUCAACAAAUGUAUUUUCCAAGAUGCAGCAAAAUGUGGAAAUUUUCAAAAUGAAUUUUUCAAACUCGAAGAAGUUGAAAAAUCACUUGCCAUUCAAAACGAGGUGAUCAUUAGAGGUGAAAAACGCCACGUCUCCAAAAUAAUGUACUACACUCCUAAUUACUUAAAUGACAAUUAUUUUGAGCCCAUGAAGCAUUUGGAUCACCGACUGAGAGUAUUAAGACGAGGAGAAACUGAGGUAUCUUUCGCCGAAAACUACAAACUACACCUGCUGAUGUCUCUGAUUUUUCCAUUCUGGGUCGUGAUCUGGACUGCGUUGUGUGUGUAUGAAAGUCGGCCAGGCGAUCAGACACCAGCAUCGACUGUACCUUGACGAAGCCAUACAUCUAAUGACAUUGUGUACAGGACAUACACUGUGGACUUGUAUACCAUAAAUCUGUUGAUAUCUUCCAGUACUAAAAAGUAUCACAUUUUAAAUGGUCAUUAUACAUGUAUUUCAUUUAACAAAUGUCUAAAUGCUCAACCAAGCAACAAUUCUAUGCAUUUUGGUUUUGAAA